AUGGGCUGUGUCUGGGGCUUAGCUGUGCCUCUUCUUUUCUUCUGCUGGAAGGCUGGAGUCACUGCCAGCUCUGCAGGCCUGAGCAUCAGCAGUUCCGCUCCUUUGGUGACAGCAAACAACACAGAAGUGCCUGCCUUUACUCAAAGGAACAGGCCCAGCUCAGCAGUGGCUUUCCAGACCACAGCCCUCACUCAGUAUGAUCCUCUAGACACUCAAACUCUGAAUGCUGAAACUGCUUCUAACACCUUAAUUGCAACCAGUACCAGCUCAGAAGUCAGUUCCAGGGAUACCCAGACCAUCUCUCCUAUAACAGAGACCAGGAAGACCACCUCUCCUACAGUGUCAACCCUAGAGACUCAGACCACCUCCCUUGAAGCAUCAUCCCUGAAUACCCAGACCACUUCUCCUGCAGCAUCAACCCUGGAUACCCAGACCACUUCUCCUGCAAAAGAGGCCCUAAAGAACCAGACCAUCUUCCCUGUUGAAUUAACCCAAAAGACCCAGACCAUUUCCUCUGUAACAGAGGCCACAACCCUUGAGAUAAGAAUGCCUUCCAACUUCAUGGCUGUGCACCCCAUCCCUACGGAUACUUCAGAUGCUUGGGCUACAAGCGGCAGCCCCAGAACUGGAAUGAUCACUGUCAAGCCUGGAACAGUGAGUGAUCCCAUAGAAGUCAUUUUUGACACCCUUUGUACUGAUGACAGCUCUGAAGAGGCAAGGAAGAUCACACUUGACCUCUUAACCUUGGCGCACACCUCCACAGAAGCUGAAUCCCUGUCCUCAGAGAGCAGCUCCUCCUCGGACAGCUCAGCUGGAGUCCUCACCAGCUCACAGGCCCUGGGGCCCGACAUAGCAACUCCAGCCAAGGACUCGGUUGCUUUCAGCAUCACCCACAUUAAGCUCACCACCUGUAUCACAGAAAUAGAAACAUCCAUCUCUGGGACCUCAGACACAAACCACAGCCCUACAGGAGCAACAGCAGCCUUGUCCACUUCUGAGACGCUAACUUUGCCUCAAUCCCCUGAGGCAAAACCAUUUAGCCCCAAGAUCACAAGCUCACCUGGGACCCUGCCAACAGCCAGCACCUCAGCCCUUGCUACCACUCUUGAGGGCACACUCCCUGUUAGUCAUGUCACAGAAAGAGAAACAACGGUGGCUCAGAUUCCCACCUCCGGUGGAACUUUGGUGACAGUUAGUGCGAGCCCACUGAAAGAGACCUCAGCAUUCUCUACUGAGACACAAAGCCACGCCGAGGUCUCGGGGACAAUUACAGUCUCCAGUGUUGCUGGGUCAACAAUGGGAGAAGCGACCUCCUUCGCUGGUUCCUCAACUUCAGACAGCAGUCCCUCAGCAGGGGCCACCACCAAGAGCUCCUUUACCUCAGACACUUUAACCACAGAUGAUAUAACCAGCAGCUCCUUCCUCACAGGUAACAGCACUCUUCCUUUUGUCUAUUCAACUACAGCCAGCACCAGCAAAAAACCGAAUGUCACCUCAGCCAAGACCACAGCCUCACCAAAGACCACAGCAAAGCACCCAACAACUACACCCGCUGCAGCCUGGACAAGGAGAACCACAAAACAUGAUCCAGGAGAAGAUGGAGGCUUCCUCCUUGUCAGGCUAAGUGUGGCCUCCCCUCAGGACCUCACUGAGCCAAAAGUCUCAGAGAAGCUGAUACACCAGCUCAGCUGUGAACUGCACACCCACGUGCCGCUUGUCCAAGUGUCCUUACUGAGAGUCCGAAGGAGCUGA